GGGCGGCGGUCCCUCUGCCGCAGCGUCUCCUUCUCCUCCUCCUGCGGGCCGGCGGCGGCGAAGCAGGCAGGCCGGGUGCCUAAGGAUGAGCGCUGCCGAGUCGACGCGGCGCUAACGGGAGGCUCAACUGCCGGCCACCGAGCGUACCGGGCGAGUACCGCGGAGCCACCCCCUGUUCCGUCCAGGAGCAGCGCAGAGCUGCAGCGGCGGCAGCGGGAGGCGGCGGAGCAGAUUGAGAAACUGAAGCAGGAGCUGAUCUAUUUGAAACAUCGGAGCGCAAAGAAGACGCUGCAGCUGACAGACUACUAUGCCCAACAAAUAAAAGAACUGGAAAUGAAAUUUCAGAAAAAAGUCAGAGAAUUUGGCCAAAUUAAAUUAGAACCAAAAUCAGUAAAGGAGAUCUGCAGGGAGAAAAGAUCUAUGGAAAAAGAGCUGGAAGAUAAAAGACCAGGAGAAGAUGUUGAGGAAAAGCAAAUAAUGAUGACAGAGACCACCCAGAAUGAGGAUAUUUUGCAGCUAAACAGCACUGAGAGAGAGGUGUUUAAGGAAAAUGUUUGUCUUCACAGUGAAUUUGCUACCCAGCUCAAAGAAAUAAUGGAAUUGCAGAAAAUCAAACAGAAGUUAGAAGAGGAAAACACUCUUCUGUUACAGGAGAAGGAAACCAAUGAGGGUUUGAUUCAAAAAAAGAGCCUACAGAUCAAUGCCAGAAAGCAGAAAAUUGAAGAUCUGCAGCACAAAGUGGAAAAGCUGGAGAUGGCCUUAUAUCGCAUGAAAGAAUCUGUGAGAGAGGCCCAGAAAACACAGCAUCAGGUGCUGAUAGAAAACCAGGCAAGCAUGGUGGAGAUCAGAAAACUGCAGCAGCUACUAGAGAUGAAGGAUCGGGAGAUGAACCGAGUGAAGAAACUAGCGAAUAUCAUAAAUGAGAGAACUGAGGUGGAAAGGUUCUUCCUAGAUGCUCUGGAACACGUGAAACAGGAGAUCGUAUCCAAUAGAAAGCAGUAUAAGAAAAAAGCCCAAACUGCCUAUUACAAAAAAAUGAUGGAGGCAUGUGCAGGGAAGGAAGAAUUUCCCAAAAUCAAAACAUUCAAAAGCAACAUAAAUAGCACAAAUAGUGUAUACAGAGACCUAGAAGAAGCAGAAAAACACUACUGGGAAAAGAAACAGUUUAAAAAAGUGGAUAUCAGUGAGCUGACAUGGGAACAAAAAGAACAUGUUCUGCGAUUGCUUUUUGCCAAAAUGAAUGGCAGAAGUCCAUGGAAACACACCAGAGUUUCGCCUACUUCAGUUCCAGCUCCUGAUGAUACUAAAGAUGAAAGCAGAAUUGGGUGCUUGAAUGAGUUCCCUGCAGAUCCUUCAUGGCUGCAUCAUCUUCCAAGAAACAGGAAUAAAAGUGCAAGCUCUUCGGCUCCAAAUGCAGAUUUUUAAAAAUGGGUACACCAAAUCUCCUCCU